AUGCGUUCAGCUAAAAGUGUUAAAAGAAAUCAUAUUACAAAACAUGCUUAUCAAAAUAAAAGUCAUAAGAAAAAAUCUGCUAAAAAAGCCAUGUUUUAUUGUAAGGAAUGGAAAAAAACAACUUAUAGUUCAAAAAAUACUGGAAUUGUAAUUGAUUUUGCUGCGGUUGCUAAACAAAAUACUUUUUAUAAUGUACCAAAAGAAGUUAAUAAAGAUAUUGAAAAGGUUCCAGAAAAAAAAGAAGAACAUGUUAAAGUACAACAAAAUAAGAAAAUUAAUAAUGAACAAAAAAAAGAACAAGUUGUUAAAAAAUCAGAUCUUAAAGUAAAAGCUAAACCAGAACAAAAAACUGAAGUAAAUGUAGAAAAGGGAAAGAAAAAUGAAAAAAAAGUUGAAAAAAAGGUUGAAAAAAAAGUUGUUGAAAAUAUUGAAGUAAAGAAAAAAGUUAAUAAAGUUGAAAGUAAUAUACCUGAAACAACUAAAAAGGUUGAUGAAUCAAAAAAAGAAAUUGUUGAAAGUCCACUUACUGUUGAUGUUAGUACAAAAGUUGAUGAUAAAGGAAUGAAGGCAUCUGUUGAUAGUGGUAUUGAUUUUAAUAAUGCCAAUCAAAGUACUGGAUCAACAAGCCCUCAAGCAGACAAAUCAGGUUCUCCAUCUCGCGCCACUCCAUCUGGAAAUUCAUUUUUUGAAAGUGUUUCAAAAAUUGUACAAACUGCUUUAGGAUCAGCUGAAAAUAAAUCAUACUCAAAAUUACAAUUAAAUCAUAGUGGUUCAGGCCGUCAAAGAACUCAUAAACUUUUACCAAGGGAUGUUAAAUUUUGUGUUACAAUGUUAGAAAAAUAUGGAGAUGAUUUUGAAUCAAUGUCAAAGUCAGAAGAUAAUGUUUAUAUGGAUACACCAUCUGGUAUCAAACGUAAAAUACGUAUUUUUAAAGAAAGUCCAUUUUAUGAACAAUGGCAAAAAGGAAAAAGUGAAGGUAAAUCAAUUGAUGAAAUUUUAUCAUGUUAA